CUGUAAUUUUAACUGCGUGCUUUACGUGAUUUCAGUUUUGUUGAAAUGGCUAACAGGAGAUCAGAUUUGCGAGCCCUGUAUCCUCAUAGGAAGCCGCUGAAUUCUUCAUCUACUAAACUUAGCGGUAGUGUUGAAAAUGGUAAAGGUUUGAAGAAGGAAAAUGCCGCUAUUUCUACCGACUCUGCUACUUCGGCGGAGGCAGCACUGUCGGACUCCCUUAACUCAUAUGACGAGGUUUAUGAGGAGGAAGAAGACUGCGUGGAGCAGAUACUGAAGCAGUUUGACUUGGACAUGCGGUACGGGCCGUGCUUAGGACUCAGUCGGAUGGAGCGCUGGCAGCGGGCUGUUCAGCUCGGCCUCAGUCCCUCCCAGGAUGUUAAGGACCUUCUGGACAGGGCAGGCGGCAUGUCUGAUUGUGUCUGGGAAGGCCGCGUGUAGGCAAUAAUCUGCAACGGCUAUGUUGUCGUCAUUUUGGACUGAGCCUUGAAGGGUUAGGGCUUGUAAGGUCCUCAUUAUAUACAAUUCGAAGGCUCAGGGUUUGUAAUGGCGUCAUUAUGGACAAUUCGAAGGCUUAGGGUUUGCCGGUGAAAGGUGAAAAUAUUAACGUCGUUCAAAAUGUUUUUGAAAGGUAGAUUUAGGCUGUACAGCUUAGGGUUUGAGGCAGUCGGCUCAAUUAGGCCUCGAACUCCGUGAAAUGUUGCUAUUGAAGUUAAGCUUUAGGUUUCCUAUGUGGAAAAUGCUCUGUCUUCCUUAAAAUUUUCUCUGUUUUUCUGGAAUUCCUCCUUUUGUUGUAGUGCAGACUGUGCAAAGCGAAUGAAAAGUACAAGAGCGAUUUCGGAUUUGCCUUUAAAA